AUGGAGCGCGUGCGAAAGGGAUCGGGAGAUAUACUUGAUACGACAAAGGGUCAACACCUUGCUCAAGGAAUCGACUGCGAAGUGCGACAACUACCAUGUGGUGAUGUGAGGUUCGUCGCACAGUAUCCCGGUGGAAUUGAGGUUAUUCUAGACUACAUCAUUGAACGGAAAACAUUGGAGGACUUCCACGCUUCUAUGCGUGACGGACGAGAGAGAAGGGAGGCGUUCAAGAUGAGACAGGCCCAGAUACCACGUCGGAUAUUCUUGCUGGAGGGUGACGUGAAGCAGAAUACGUUGCUGAGAAACAAAGCGUCAUUUGAGAAGCGCAGAGCGGAGAUCGAGGUAUGCGAUGAUUUCUACUCGAAAAAGACGAAGAGCCUAGACGACACUGUCGUUCUAUUCGUAAAUUUACAAACCUCUAUGCAUGCAGUUUUCGGAGCGGCCAUUGGCAUUGACGAUUGA